AUUAUGCUGAAUGGCACCGCGUAGACAAAGGCCGGAAGGACUAAUGCCAUGCGCGAUAAGAUCAAAAGUUCACCAUUGGCUCAGUUAGAUUGGCAUACUUGGCUCGUCCGUAUCCAUCACUUAGCUAAUGAAAAUGGGGAAGUAGUGCCUACUGCCGGGCACCGAGUCCCCUCGAAGGACAUGCAGUGUCGUUUGUUUCUUAUGGCUGGUGCCAAGACCCGGCAAUGCAAGCACUUACAUCAUUUUAUCUCAUUCUUCUUUUACUUUGUUUUCCAGCCUAUCGGCUACCCGUUUUGAAGGCGCCGUUCACCGGCGAGUGGGUAGACUGUGCCGGGACGCACCGGAGCACUGCGGCACAGCAUCCGAGCGUGGUGCGCUGGAAAGGAGCUGCUCACUGCUGUGCAUUAUCGCGGAUACCGGUUACAAAGCGAAGGCAAUAAUUGAUUUCGGGUAGCCUGGUGCCCUCGAAACAGACCUGCCUGAUACAAAAGCUAGUAAAAAUUGGCGACCCGUGUGUACUCAUUUGAUUUCCGUAGAGUUUGAUUUCCAGAGAUUUAUUGUUCGCACUUCCGCCUACCGCUGGGGCUAUCUUUUGUUUGUUUUCGACUGACAAAUGAGAAAUACGCUUCCAGUCAUUAUGCAAAGUCGGUAACAUAUUUUCGACGAUACCAUACCAGCCCUUCAGAAAGAGGCGUAACUGCAUGACGUAACCUCCAUACCACAACUCUUCCUAUAAGCUCUGGUCAGCGAUGUGGUACCGCCCCCUGGACAGCGCGCCUCCAGCGCCGCACCGGGCGACCUUCACAUACCCUCCGGGCAUGGGACCCCUGCGCGCGCGGCAGCCUGUUUCCAGCGGCUCCCGCUGUGUGUCGCUGCCGGCGGAGACGAGCCCCCCGCGGCGCGGCCGGCGGCCUGUCGCCCCGGGCGUCACUCGCGCCCCGUGCCCAAUCGUCGACGGUCGUCGACGAAGACGCUCCGACUUCUGCCGUGACGACGGGAAGCCGCCAUGGGGGCCGGGUCACAGGAGGAUGUGGCGCUCAACGACGACCGUAAUGGUGCCGGCUCGCCGCAGCACCUCAGCUCCAAGGAGGUCGAGGCGUCAAUGAUCGAGACCCACGUGGAGCCUGAUGCCCCGAAGAUCAUAUACUACAUCUUCUACCUACUGGGAAUGGGCACGCUUCUGCCGUGGAACUUCUUCAUCACUGCCGACUCGUACUGGAACUACAAGUUCCGGAAUGCCUCAGUGGACAUCAACAACUCGACUGCGGAGGAAUCGAAGACGGAGCUGCAGUACAACUUUGCCGCCUACCUGGCAGUCGCCUCCAUGCUGCCCAACACCACCUUCCUCACCCUGAACGCCAUCUUCGCGCACAAGAUAAACCAGCAGCUGAAGUUGGUUGUGGCGCUGAGCAUUGUCAUUGUGUUCUUCAUCUUCACCACGAUCCUGGUGCCCAUCAACUCGGACAGCUGGCAGUACUCCUUCUUCGCGCUGACGAUGGUCGUAGUCGUCACUCUCAACGUGGGCGCGGCCGUGUUCCAGGGCGGUCUGUUCGGUCUGUCGGCUCAGUUCCCCUCCAAGUACCUGUCGGCUGUGCUCUCCGGCCAGGCGCUCGGAGCCGUGUUCGCCUGCCUCUGCAGGAUCGUGUCGAUCGCGGUGGCCGGGGAGGACGCGGUAGCAGCGGCCGUCAACUCUGCACUGGUGUACUUUACUCUGGCCGAUAUUACCCUGCUUAUAUCAAUGGUGGCCUUCCUCUGGAUGACCAAAACGGCGUUCUACCAGUUCUACACGUCGUCGCACGGCACCAGCUCUGGCAAGGAGGGCGCCACCAUCACCACAGCUUUGUCCGGCAAGAAACCCUCCAUCAACGUCUGGAAAGUUUUUCUGAAGAUCAAGUGGUACGCCCUGUCCGUUUGUCUCGUGUUUGUGGUCACCCUGGCCAUGUUCCCGGCCAUCACUGCCAAGAUUCGACCCAUGUACACCGGAACAAAGGAGCACCCUUCCAUCUGGGCACGUGAUUACUUCGUACCGGUGUGCUGCUUCCUGCUAUUCAAUCUGACCGACUACCUGGGCAGAAUCGCCGGCGGAUACACAGUCUGGCCGAAGAAGCACCACUGGUACUUUGUACUACUGCUGGUGGCCCUACGUGUGGUGUUCGUGCCACUCUUCAUGUACUGCCACAUCGACCACAAGAACCUGACGACCGUCUUCAACCACGACGCAUACUACAUCAUCUUCAUGACGUUCUUCGGCCUCAGUAACGGCUACCUGGCCACGCUCUGUAUGAUCUACGGACCUGGGUGUGUGGAGCCGGAGGAGCAGAACACGGCCAGCUCCAUGAUGGCGGCCUUCCUCGGCGUCGGACUCUGCCUCGGAGCGCUCUUCAGCAACGUCACCAUCAAGAUUAUCUGAGCGUGCGCGACACCCGCCGUCACACGUCACGUCACGUCACGUGCGGCUCGUGACGAGCCCGGCGCACCUCGUGACGAGCUUGGCGCACGAGAUUGGCGCGGUGCUUCGGCUUGUCUCCGGGUCGAUCGUUCCCGCCAGUGAUAGUCAAUCAAACGUUUGGCGGAGAGCUGCGCCAUGAUGGCGAACGGACGUUAGUGUUGCCAUCAUGUGCUGCCGCCUAGCGGAAAAGAAACGAUCGACAGGUUCGUUACAUGAUCACCAGGUGGCAGAGAGGAAGGGACUAUCUGAGACGGCGCGAGCUCUCCGCUGCGAGAGCAUGAGAGUUACGUGUCGCCCUUAGUCAAGACGACUCGCCAAAUUGAGUUACUUUAUCGUGAUAUGUUGUCACUUCCACGGAUCGGUUGCGACUCAGCGUCGCCGAUGUUCCUCGUUUGCAUCACCGCAGCUGUAAUGUCGCCUCAUAUCGAACGUGUGGAAGUGAUGCUUUCAUCGGAUGUCGCUCCGCUCCAACUGUUGCCUGUUGAUGUUACACGUAUCUGUUUUAGAGCGCUGUCAAUAAAAUCUGACCAGCGAUAA